AUGGUAAGAAGCCAGAUGAACUUCAAGAGGCUUUCUCUUACGGAUAUCAAGAUUGAUAUCAAAAGGAUCCCGAAGAAAAAGACUCUGAUAGCUGCUAUGGGAGCUGUUGAUGUCAAGAAAAAAUGGGAAAAGAGCUCUUGGGGUAGGAAACUCAUUGUUCAAAAGAGAAGGGCCACCCUCAAUGACUUCGACCGGUUCAAGCUGAUGCUCGCAAAAAUCAAGAUUUCAUUUCCUCUCACCGAUUUUUUGUCAAACUCGCCGGCAAAGACUUCUACGUCGGCGACUCCGACGGCCACAUCACCAGGUGAGGCUGACAAGAAGCGGCGUCACUUUAGCUCGAUAUCCCCCCGUGGCUGCUGCCGGGAAGAAGCAACCUCUGGCGCUUUAUCUGAGGAGAAAAAGAUAAUUUUUUUUUUUUUUACUUAA